AUGAAGUUCCCGGACAAGAAUUCUAUUUACGUCAUUUCAAUCCCACUAACUACAUCGAGAUCUUUCAUAUAUUGCAACCAUCGACCCAUUCUUCUGAGUCAAACGCCAUUGGUAACCAAAGUUGAAACCAAAGCUGUCAACAUUGCAACAAAAGGAUGGACCAAACUUGUAUCAUCAAAGCUUUCAGUAAAUGUCAAGAUCGUCAAAUGGAUCCGUAAAUUGCUUGCAACUAUACCUUACGAGGAAAAUUGUCUUCGAUCUUUUCCCAACAAGGAUGCAAUGAUUAGAGAAAUCAAUGAAGAGAGUUUGCAUUUGAUCAAACCUGUGGAAAAGGACAGCAAAGGAAUUGUCCAUCAGUCCGACAUUAAGCAACUUAAUAUUCCUGAUAGUCAAUUGAAACCAAUUCCUUUAUAUCACGCAAGAUACCAAAACCCAUCAACAAUCCUCAAAGAGUUGGUCCAUUUCAGAACAGACAAUUACAAAAAACACAAGAACGGAGCAAUUCUAUGCGCCAUUGGUAUUCCAUUAUCAUUGCCGUUUGCAUUAGUGCCAGUAGUUCCCAAUGUCCCCGGGUUUUACCUUGCCUAUAGAUUAUAUUGCCAUGUCAAGGCUUUAUUGGGGAUAAACCAUUUGGAUUAUUUAUUAGACAAAAACGCAUCACAUAUUAGAUUUACCGAGCUUACGCAGAUAGAUGAAGCUUACAAAGCAGAAGAAAGAGAUGAGGAGAAGGAGGAAAAAAAUGAGGAGGAAGAGGAGGAAGAGGGGGAGGAAGAGCGGCUUUUAAUUACUUCCGAAAUAAUAGACACACUUGUCACAAAGUUGUCCCUAGAAAACAACGUCAAAGACGAUUUGACAAAAGCGUUGAUGCAGACAAAGAAACGAUUGAAGAAGAAGAUCAAAUUGAGCGAUACAGUUGAAUAG